AUGGGGAACACCUCUGGAUGCACUGUGGAUGACCUCCAGGCCGUGGAGAUGCACCUCUGGUACAAGAAGUUCAUGAUCGAGUGUCCUUCAGGUCAGCUCACGAUGCACGAGUUCAAGCAGUUCUUCGGGCUCCGGGGCCUAGACCCUGAGGCCACCGCCUACAUCGAGCAGAUGUUUCGCACUUUUGACAUGAACAAGGAUGGCUACAUAGACUUCAUGGAGUACGUGGCUGCCCUGAGUCUUGUGAUGCGGGGUAAAAUGGAGCACAAACUGCGCUGGUACUUCAAGCUCUACGACGUGGAUGGCAAUGGUUGCAUUGACCGACAUGAACUUCUCAACAUCAUAAAGGCCAUUCGUGCAAUUAAUGGAAACGACACCCAUGAGAUCUCGGUCGAGGAAUUCACCAACCGUGUGUUUGAUAGGAUCGAUAUUAAUGGAGAUGGGGAGCUAUCACUGGAAGAGUUUGUGGCGGGCGCUCGAACCGAUGAUGAGUUCAUGGAGGUGAUGAUGAAGAGUUUAGACCUUGCACACAUAGUGGCCAUGAUCCACAAUCGCAGACACAGUGUUUGAGGAGCUUUGCCAUCUUUGAAACCUUAAAAUAAUGUUCCAAAAUCGUUUCAGUGGUUCA